AUGCCAGUCAUUAUCUCCUUUGAGGCCGUGCGGAAAGCACUCCUCCCGCUACUUCAAAGUCUGAAUUACACCAAAACAAGUGCUCUGCACAGCCUGCGUUUCACAUCCAGACUGGAUGUCUGGAAAAAUUUGAGCGAAGCUGUUGAGGAAGUUGAUCACGCUCAGCAUAGGAGCGCCCGGACAAUCGAUUUGAAACUUGCAAAUCGCCAGAUUCACGAGGAGCGCGUUGAAUGCGGCAACGAGGCCACUGGUCUCAACAUGCAACUUGGGGACUUUCGAACAAUCCCCUCCACUUACAAUAAUGAGCCCGACUUCAUCAUGAAGAGCGACAACAGUCUGCUUUGCGUAGCGGAAGUAAAGACUUGGUGGGUGGCAGACCACGAAAUCACAUUCGCCAUGGAAAAUGAGAACCUUUUCCGAAAAAUCGUCGCACAGGCAAUACAAUAUGUGCAGCAUUCGAGUUGCCAAUAUGGCUGUUUGACCAACGGCCGGAGAAAUGUCUUCGACGUCCUGCUGUGUACUGACGAUGGCUGCUCCUUCGAGCUUGGCCAUGAUGACCCAGGUAUGGCCGGGUAA